CUUGCUGAAUAACUGCUCAAGGCCCCACCCAACUCCUCUCUCUCUCUCUUUCUCUCUCUCUCUCUCUCUCUCUCUUCCCUUCUUUGCAUGAACUUUGAAUUCAAAGGAUGAAAAUCUUUCUUCUCAUAAUACAUCAUUCGUUCUCUGUAAAUUUUUUAGGGUGGUUUUAAGAUCUCAACUUAAAGAAGAAAUGAAGCAAAAAUUAAGCACUUAAAAUUUGCACAUGGAAUACUGCUUGUCUUGGAGCCGUUUUGUCUUCUCCCUCUCAGUAUUUGCCGACCAUAGGAAGUAUUUUUGAACUUUUUUUCUGUGAAAAUAACCUUCGUUGAGUUCAAUAAAGAAGAAAAUUGUUUUGCGUGGACAGUAUUGUAGCUCCAAGUGUCUCAGUUUUCUGGGCCAGUGAAUACCCAGAUCUUUUAAUAGGCUCUUAAACCGAUUCUAUUGUGUUUUUUAGAGCUUGAAAAAGAAGAAAAAAGGAAGGGAAAUAAGUGGGUUUGUGUUUUCCAAACACUCAUGAGCGUCUCUUUCUGGGGCUUAAAAAGGAAGGGGAAUAAGUAUGUGUGUGUGUGUGUGUGUGUUUUCCAACCAUUCAUGAGCUUCUCUUUCUGAGGCUUGAAAAGGAAGGGAAUUAAGUUGGGGUAUGUUUUCCAACCAUUCAUGAGCUUUCUCUUUCUGGGCUUACUUUGUUAAGGCACUCUAGAAUAAUUAAGAUACCAUUUACAAGAUUGAAAGUGGAAACCAAGAAAGAUUCUACUUCCAUUCAUUGUCCCUUUCCUUAUCAAAGUUUGUGUUUUGUUUCUUGUUUCAUAAAAGGAGAUAACUUAAGCACUACACUUGUCUAGUCAGUCUCCAAAGUAGUAUGUUUUUCACUUCUGAUAAAACGAGGAGUUGAACUACCUCUUGGUUGAUUCUCCAAGCUUCAUUACUAAUCUCACAAGUUCCAACCUUGAGUUUCUAGUCUCUGUUGUUUUCUUGAGCAAACCUACUUUUGGUAUUCAAGAAUCUAGAUUUUAAGCAUGUGGUUCUUGAGAUACUGAAUAAUAUUCCAUCGUCAAAGUUUCUGGUGUUUAGAAAUGCAGAAUAAAGUUUAAAGCAAGAUUCUUGUUUUGUGACUGAUCUGAUAAAAGUGGUGAGUUUUUAUCCUUUUGAUCUUAAAAUAUGGCUACUAAGCUCCACAACCAAGAGAGACUACCAGGGAACCUCAAGAAACAGCUUGCUCUUGCUGUCAGGAGCAUUCAGUGGAGCUACGCCAUCUUCUGGUCCAUUUCAGCAAGACAACCAGGAGUGUUGGAGUGGGGUGAUGGGUACUACAACGGAGAUAUUAAAACAAGGAAGACAAUUCAAUCCAUAGAGCUUGAUGAAGAUGAAUUGGGUUUACAGAGAAGUGAGCAAUUAAGAGAACUCUACGAGUCACUUUCAGUUGGUGAAGCCAGUCCACAAGCUAGAAGACCUUCAGCUGCAUUAUCUCCAGAAGAUCUCACUGAUACAGAGUGGUAUUAUUUGGUUUGCAUGUCCUUCAUAUUCGACAUUGGCCAAGGCUUGCCAGGAACAACAUUAGCAAAUGGUCAUCCUACUUGGCUAUGCAAUGCUCAUUAUGCAGAUAGUAAAGUAUUCAGUCGCUCUCUGCUAGCUAAGAGUGCAUCAAUUCAGACCGUGGUUUGCUUUCCAUUUAUGAGAGGUGUGAUUGAGCUGGGUGUGACUGAGCAGGUUUUGGAGGACCCAAGUCUCAUUAAUCACAUAAAAACAUCAUUCUUGGAGAUCCCGUACGCAGUAGCUGCCCAGAAUUCUAGUGCAAGAAGUGACAAAGAGCUUGCAUGUGCCACCUUCAAUCGUGAAACACUUGACACCAAACCGAUUCCAGUUAUAGGAUGUGGAGAAAUAGACAUAACUUCCCCUAACCGCAAUUCAAAUGAUCAGUUGGCUGCAGAUUCGAUUAUGGUUGAAGGGUUAAAUGGAGGAGCUUCCCAAAUGCAAAGUUUGCAGUUCAUGGAUGAUGACCACAGUGUCCAUCAUUCCUUGAAUUCUAGUGACUGCAUAUCUCAAACAAUUGUAGAUCCUGUGAAGGUUGUUCCUAUUUUGAAGAAUGUGAAGGUAAAUAACCAGAAUCAUCUGGAUGUUCAAGACUGCAAUCACACGAAGCUGACUUCAUUGGACCUUCGAAGCGAAGAUUUUCAUUAUCAAAGUGUUCUCUCAUGUCUCUUAAAGACCUCCAAUCCAUUGAUUUUAGGACCCGAUGUCCAGAAUUGUUACCAGGAAUCGAGCUUUGUCAGUUGGAAGAAAGCAGGAUCGGUGCAUGCUCACAAAUUUAAAAGUGGAACUCGACAAAAAGUACUAAAGAAGAUACUACUUGAAGUUCCUCGGAUGCAUGUUGAUGGCUUGCUUGACUCCCCAGAAUAUAAUAGCAAUAAAGUUGUAGUAGGGAGGCCAGAGGCUGAUGAAAAUUGUGCAAGCCAUGCAUUAUCUGAGAGGAAGCAAAGAGAAAAGCUGAAUAACAGGUUUAUGAUUCUGAAAUCAAUUGUCCCUUCAAUCAGCAAGGUUGAUAAAGUAUCUAUACUAGAUGAGACCAUCGAAUACCUUCAAGAGCUUGAAAGAAAGGUUGAAGAGUUGGGAGCUAACAGGGAGCUAUUGGAGGUUCUUACCAAAAGAAAACCCCAAGAUACUGCGGAGAGGACAUCUGAUAACUAUGGCAGCAAUAAGAUAGGAAAUGGAAAACAUUCGUUGACAAAUAAGAGGAAGGCUCCAGACAUGGAUGAAAUGGAGCCAGAUAUCAACCAUAAUGUAUCAAAAGAUGGUUCAGCUGAAAGUAUAACUGUCAGCGUGAAUAGAGAGGAUGUUCUAAUCGAGAUCAAGUGUCUUUGGAGGGAGGGAAUAUUGCUGGAGAUAAUGGAUGUAGCUAGUCAUCUCCAUUUAGAUUCUCAUUCGGUUCAAUCAUCUACCAUGGACGGGAUCCUUUCUCUGACCAUCAAAUCAAAGCACAAGGGAUUGAAUGCUGCAUCCAUUGGCACAAUCAAACAAGCCCUUCGAAGAGUUGCUGGGAAAUGUUGAAACUUAUUCUCAAAUCAAUGACAGUAUGGUUAGAAUUCACUGCUUCAGCUGUAAAAUUCCGUGUCGUGGAAGGCUUUGUAGAUCACAGCUAUAGAACAUAGAAUUUCCUCCACGUAGAGCAGUCUAAUAAACAGAAAAUGCUCUUGUUCUGGACAUUUGUAUUUUCUUCAAUGGUUUAGCGUGGACUCUGCACUAGAAUGAGUAGUUGACCAAA